AUGGAGAAAGUUCUGUGGCUGUUCGCUGCUGCAUCAGCUCUGAGUGCCGUGGCCUCUGGACGUCACUACCAUUUCAUUUACGAGCCAAAGAACUGGACCGACGCUCAGAGCUACUGCAGAGAAAACUACACCGACCUGGUUACCGUGGCCAACCAAUACGUGGUGACCAUCCUGAACAACAAGGCCGACCUGGAGCAGAUGGGUCCCAUGCCUGCUGCCUGGAUCGGUUUGUACCAUGAUGAGAUCAUAUGGAAAUGGCUGUCUGGAGGUUUUACCCAAAGCGAUGAGCUGAACUUCCAGAACUGGUAUCCAGGAGAGCCGAACAUCCUCUGGUACUUACCGGCAUGUGGGAUUAUGGACAGCUCUGGGAGGUGGUACGAUGCGUCGUGCGAAGAGAACAAUUACCCGGUCUGCUCCAAUGUGUCAGAUGAGGGGACGAGCUAUGUCUUCGUCGACACUAAGAUGAGCUGGGAGGAGGCUCAGAGCUACUGCAGGGAAGACUACACAGACCUGGCCUUUCCCAGAAGCCAGCUUGAGAACUCACUCAUAAAAGCUGAGAUCCCAGCGGGGGGCGUGUAUGGCUGGAUCGGCCUUUACCUAGACACCUGGAAGUGGUCAGACGGCCCCAUGUAUGGGUUUGUAAACUGGGCAGUGGGCAAACCUGAGAGUAGGAUGGAGCAUUGCGGCGCUGCGACCUUUUACAGCCCUGGCCUCUGGGAUGACUGGCCUUGUGAUGAAAUGAAGCCGUUUAUCUGCCACCAUGACUCUCCGCCCUUCACAACACAAGUGGUGAAACUGAAGCUGGUAGGAAGUGCGACUCUGGAUCUGAACGACCCUGCGGUCCUGCAAAACAUGAAGGAGGAGCUCCAGCUGCAGCUGAAGCAGCAGGGCGAGGCUGCAGACGUCAAGCUGAGCUGGAAGAAACAGCAGGAUGGAAAAAUCUUCCACCGGGAGGAGGAAGAGGAGGAGCUGCAGUGAGGCGACGACAUGCUGAUGAGAAAACCUUCUCAGUUUUUCUUAUAUCUUUUAAAAUGACAAAUAUGUAAAACCCAUAUUAACAAAACAACAAAAUGAUGUGUUGAUGUGAAACAGCAGAUUUUCUUUUAGUCACAGUUCUUCAACAUGUUUGAAUCGUUAUUCAAACCUGAUCUGUUUAAAGAGCUUGUAGCUGAGUUUCAGUUUGAUUCCUUUUUUUAAAAUUCCUGCAACCUUAUUGAAUUCAUGCAUUUCUGCCUUCGGUUUCAGUUGUUUUGAUUUACUUUUGUUUCCUCUAUGAUGACUUCUUGGUUUAUUAUUGUCAUUUAGGUCUUGUUGCCAUAUUCAGAUUAUUUUCCCUUUUGGCUUGUUGAUCAUUUUAGUUUAGCUCAGUUUAUGUUAAAUAUCCUCCCACCGUCUGUUUCCCUGCUCUUUCUGCCACAGCUGUUCCACUCCUCCUCUGAUUAGCUCACCUGGUUCUGAUCUCAUUAGCCAUUAGCCGUUAGCCAUUAGCCUGCCUCCCUAUUGAAGCUCUCUGGUUUGUAUUGUUCAUCGCAUGCCCUGUUCCAUUCAUAACAAC